AAAGGCCUCAUUCAUUUGGCCCCGCCCUUUCCUGAGUCUCUCCGGCUUUGUACUGUCCACGCCGAGGCGGCUUUCUCUACACAACAGAGGCUGACAAACGCCCUAAAAUGGCCCUCCACGUUCCCAAAGCCCCGGGCUUUGCCCAGAUGUUGAAGGAUGGCGCCAAGCACUACUCGGGUCUUGAAGAGGCAGUCUUUCGCAACAUCAGAGCUUGCAAGGAACUUUCUCAGACGACACGCACAGCUUACGGGCCCAAUGGCAUGAAUAAAAUGGUCAUCAACCACUUGGAGAAACUGUUCGUCACUAAUGAUGCCGCCACCAUCCUCAGAGAGCUAGAAGUGCAGCAUCCGGCGGCCAAGAUGGUCGUCAUGGCAUCCCACAUGCAAGAGCAAGAGGUGGGGGACGGCACCAACUUUGUGCUGGUGUUUGCCGGCGCUCUGCUGGAGGUGGCGGAGGAGCUACUCAGGAUGGGGCUCUCCGUGUCAGAGGUGAUUGAAGGCUACGAGAAGGCCUGCAAGAAGGCUCUGGAGAUCCUUCCCGACUGCGUGUGUUCCUCGGCCAAGAACCUCCACGACAUGAAGGAAGCCACGGCGUUGAUCCGCACGGCCGUCAUGAGCAAGCAGUACGGUAACGAGGACUUCCUCUCCAACCUCAUCGCGCAGGCUUGUGUGUCCAUCUUCCCAGAGUCUGGCAGUUUUAAUGUUGAUAACGUCAGAGUGUGCAAGAUUCUGGGUUGUGGCGUGACGGCAUCCUCGGUGCUGCAUGGUAUGGUGUUCAAAAAGGAGGCCGAGGGAGACAUCACCUCGGUUAAAGACAGCAAGAUUGCAGUUUUCUCCUGCCCCUUUGACUGCAUGGUCACAGAGACCAAGGGCACGGUGCUGAUCAACAACGCACAGGAGCUGAUGGACUUCAGCAAGGGAGAGGAGAACAUGAUGGAGACGCAAGUGAAAGCCAUCAAGGAGGCGGGCGCCAACGUGGUGGUGACGGGGGGCAAAGUGGCCGACAUGGCGCUGCACUACGCCAACAAGUACAAGCUCAUGGUGGUCAGACUGAACUCCAAGUGGGACCUGAGGAGGUUAUGCAAGACGGUGGGAGCUGUAGCUCUGCCCAGAUUGACCGCCCCCACCCCUGAGGAGAUGGGUCACUGCGACAGCGUUUACCUGACAGAGGUGGGAGACACUCAGGUGGUGGUCUUCAAACACGAAAAGGAAGACGGCGCCAUCUCCACCGUGGUGAUCCGAGGCUCCACUGACAACCUGAUGGACGACAUUGAGCGAGCCAUCGACGAUGGAGUCAACACCUUCAAGGUCCUCGUCAGGGACAAGCGUCUGGUACCUGGAGCAGGAGCCACCGAGAUGGAGCUGGCCAGGCAGAUCACCUCGUUUGGAGAGACUUGUCCUGGCCUGGAGCAGUACGCCAUCAAAAAGUUUGCCGAGGCGUUUGAGUCGUUGCCGCGCGCCCUGGCUGAGAACUCUGGCGUGAAGGCCAACGAGCUCAUCUCCAAAAUGUACUCUGCGCACCACGAGGGGAACAAGAACAUCGGCUUUGAUAUCGAGGGAGACGGCCCGUCCGUGAAGGAUGUAGUCGAGGCCGGCAUUCUGGAGCCGUACCUCGUCAAGCACUGGGGCAUCAAACUGGCCACCAACGCCGCCAUCACGGUGCUACGAGUGGACCAGAUCAUCAUGGCCAAACCGGCAGGAGGACCCAAACCUCCGCAGGGCAAGAAAGACUUUGAUGAAGACGACUGAGCGCUCAGCAUUUACACACACGCCCUACUCUUGUUUUUUUUGUUUUUUUUUUUCUACGUGUUUAUUUAAUGUUUUGCAGGUUGGUUUAUUUGGCAGAAGGUCCUCCCAGCAACAGCAGUGAUGACAACAUGUGUAUGGAUGGCUUUUUAUCUUCCUCUCAAAUAAACGCCUCUUGCGCUGUUAA